GGUGGGAAAUUCAAAAAGGGAAUUGAAUUUUCGGUUGUUUUCUCUCUUUCAGAAAAGAGAUAAAGUUGAAUAAAAAAUUAUUUGACUAGUUUUUGAUUUCCCAGAGUUGGAAAUAUGUGAAUAUUCAUAGAUUGAAGGAAAAAUUUUUUGUAAGCGCAACCUAACCUUAAUUGAAUGAUUUGUUAUUGUGUCACGUGACAUAUUGUCAUCAACAAGUGUGUGUCAUUGUUCAGUAUUCUUUUUGGUUAAUUGUUUUAAGUGACAAUCGAAUUUUAUCAUGGAGGAAUUAGUUCCAGAAUCUGAAAUAAUCGAACGUACGUUUAUUAUGAUUAAACCGGACGGAGUGCAACGGGGACUUAUCGGAAAAAUAAUUCAGCGCUUUGAGGAAAAGGGACUAAAACUACAGAAUAUAAAAAUGCUAUUGUCUCCUGAGAAUUCGAUGAUGCAACAUUACAAGCAUUUGCAGAGUCGGGACUUUUUUAACAACUAUAUAAAAUAUAUGACUUCCGGUCCAGUCGUUAUGAUGGUUUGGGAAGGAAUAAAUGCCAUAAAAAUCGGAAGAAUUUUCAUAGGGCCAACUUUUCCGGAAGAAGCUUCGCCGAAAAUGAUAAGGGGAAAUUUUUCCAUGUACGUUCGUCGCGGUGUAAUUCACGCGUCAGAUUCAAUUGAAGCCGCUAAUGAGGAAAUUAAAUUGUGGUUCAAAAAUUGUUAGUUUAUGGACUAAACAAUUUUUUUGAUUAACAAGUUCAGAAUCUCUAUUUUUUCAAUUCCACUGUUUCUGAAUCUACAAGUGAGACCGGUUUUUGCAGUUGGCAUUUCCUUCUAAUCUUUGGUGUCAUUCGUCUCGAACUCUUUUGCUGACAUUAUUUUAUUUUAUUUCUAAA